UUCCCGUGGGCUUGGACCCAUUUAUUUGUUUUCAGAAACCCAACCUACUUGCCACUUCAAAGAAGUUUCUUCUGCUUUUAAUUUUUUAUUUUUUAUUUUCAUUUUUCCAGGAUUAAAAAACACGAAAAAAGAACUGAACCCAUCUCUACGCCUAGCCAAAGGUGUUAAAUCAGAGAAAAGCAACUGGCGAAAAGGGAGGCAGGAAUUUGAAAUUCGAAGUCGUAAAAGACAUUUUAAUCAGAUCAACAAUGGACAUGGACAUCGAUGGUAAUUCUGAAACCAAAGUAGAGAAGGGAAAAACGAUCAUGCUACUGUUAGUGGGUGCACCAGGGAGCGGCAAGUCCACCUUCGCUGACAAUAUCAUAAGCUCUUCUUCUCGAACCUGGAUUCGUAUCUGUCAGGAUACUAUUAAUAAUGGCAAAGCUGGAACUAGGCCUCAGUGUUUAAAAAGUGCAGUUAGUGCUUUGAACGAGGGCAAAAAUGUUCUUAUUGAUAGAUGCAACCUCGACAAAGAACAACGUGCAGAGUUUGUGAAAUUUGGCAACUCGCAAGUAGAUGUUCAUGCUGUGGUGCUUGAUCUUCCUGCCCAGCUUUGUAUUUCUCGCUCUGUGAAGCGAACUGGGCAUGAAGGUAACUUGCAAGGUGGAAAAGCUGCAGCAGUUGUGAAUAGAAUGCUUCAGAAGAAAGAAUUUCCCAAGCUAAAUGAGGGUUUUAAACGAAUAACAUUUUGCCAAAAUGAUAAUGAUGUUCAAAACGCUCUUAUCAUGUACAGUCAGCUUGGUCCUCUGGACAAGCUGACUGAAGGCUGUCUUGGCCAGAGGAACCGAGAUUCCAAAGUUCAGCUUGGUAUAAUGAAGUUCUUAAAGAAGGUGGAUGCUCCAUCUGGUGCAGGCUCAAAUUUAAAUAACAUUCAGGAGCAUGUGUCUCAUCAAACAUCUGAGGGAAAGAAUUGCCCUUUUGCAGGAGAGGACGUGUCUUCAGCAUGUGCUUCUUCCAGGGAGGCGGGAAAGAGAAGUGAAGACCUGGUAGCAUCUUCUGUUGAUCAGAAUGAUCCUUCAAAUGAUGUUCCCACUUUGGCAUUUCCAUCUAUUUCAACUCAUGUGAUACAUGUUCUUGGACCAAAUAUGAAUCCUCAUAGGCCAAAUUGUCUUAAUAAUGACUACAUCAAGGGCUGCAAAAUUCUUCGUGAGGCAUACACAUCACUUUUUGAAGGUUUUGUAUCUAUAAUAAGGAACCAAGUAAAGUCACCAGCGAGAAGAGAUGAAACCAUUGGAUCAGAGGCUUCCACAUUGCUUGAUCUCACUGAAAAUGGCCCUCAUCAAAUUUCAUGGAGUGAUAGAAAAAAGAAAGACACUAAUCAUGAAAAUGAGAGGAGCAAGAAGUGGAAGGGAUCUCAAAAUGAGGCUAGCGCUGAUACAAUUGAUCCUACUACCAUAAUUGCACCUAGCAACAGUGGCAACAGUAAUGGAAAUGGCUGGGGCUCAUGGGCUCAAGCUCUUUACCGCAUUGCCAUGCAUCCUGAGAGACAUAAGGAUGUUGUGCUGGAGGUGUCGGAUGAUGUUCUUGUGCUAAAUGACCUUUAUCCCAAGGCACGGAAGCACCUAUUGGUGUUGGCACGGUAUGAAGGUCUAGAUCGCUUGACAGACGUAUGCAGGGAGCAUCUUCAGCUGUUGAUGACAAUGCAUGAUGUUGGCUUGAAAUGGGCCAAUAAAUUCUUGCAUGAAGAUGCAUCAUUGGUCUUUCGCCUUGGUUACCAUUCAGCCCCAUCAAUGCGACAACUACAUCUUCAUGUUAUUAGUCAAGACUUUGAUUCAAAAUAUCUGAAGAAUAAGAAGCACUGGAAUAGUUUCAGUACUGCUUUUUUCCGUGACUCUGUGGAUGUAAUUGAGGAGGUUAGCAAGCAAGGAGUAGUAUCACUGGCAAGAGAUAACAGCUUAUUGUCAAUGGAACUACGCUGCCACCGAUGUAGAAGUGCACACCCCAACAUGCAAAGGCUAAAAUCACAUGUGAGCAAUUGCCGAAGCCCCUUCCCUGCCACCCUACUCGAAAAUGGCCAUCUGGUGCUCACACAGAGUAGCGGUGACAGUAAGCUGUAGAUAUCUACCGAUCACAUUUCAUCAACUUUGUUGUUUGUAUCUGGCGGUCCUCCUUAUGUUUUAUUUUGUAUCAAGCUUUUUUGGUUUUUCGAUGAAUUGUACUAACAGAAGUCUGGCAUUUAAGUGCGGAAUUUUGUGGCUUUGAAGCAUCAGUGUGGUAGCUUCUCUACACUCGAUGGCUCCUUAUGUUGAAGGGAUCUAUUUUUUUCGGGUCCUUAUCAUUUUGGCUUCAUGUAAUCUAAAUGCUGGAUUAUGAAGACAUUAAAGGAUGUUAGAAGAAGGGAUGAUGACUUUCUGCAAGUAGUA